CGAACAUUCAGUAAACUGCGAAAAUGGCUUACAAAGUGGUACUACUUGUCUGUGCACUGGUCCAGCUCUCAACGGCCGCGGUCGAAGUACCUGGCACGUUGGUGAAAAGUUCAUCGGCUCUAUCGUUUUCGCCAUUUGCCGCAGCAGCGGAACCAACCUGUGAUGGAUACAGCGUUUACACCGUGUGCGCAGAUUGCAACAACGUACUGGUAUGCAUGGGAGCAACCAGUAGCAAAAAGAACUGCACCGCGUCGGCUCCAGCUACACCGUACUGCAUGAACGGAGCAUGUUCAGCAUCGUACGACAGUGUCGGAGGAUGUACGCCUUCUGGAGUAACCUGUACCGGAGUUGGCUUCUUCCCGGAUCCCAAAGUUUGCCAGAUCUACCACUACUGCGAAGCCAUUGAUGACGAGUCUUCCGUCUACGAAUGUCCACCAAAUUACGUGUACAAUGCGGAAACCACUCUCUGCAAGCAAAAGGUCCUGGCGGCGGAUUGCGUAACGGUAAAAUGUGACGAGACCAAGAUAUUCGUCGCCUAUGGCACUAGCAAGAAGUACUACGCCUUUUGUACGUUCGAGAACAGUGUUGCAACGAACAUUCAAGUGCUCAAGUGUCCCGAUAACUACAGCUUUGAUGGAAGCAAUUGCGUGUUCAAGUGCCCAGGAACGGGUAACUAUGCGCACAUGGAUCCAAAUAAGUAUUUCCAGUGCUAUUACUCUGGAGCUCAGCUGAUUUACAUGGUCCAGAGCUGCUCCACUGGAAAGACCUACGACAAAGAUCUACGAGUCUGUACCACUCCGAAAACAACUACUGCCCAACCUGCUGUAGAAGAGUAGGAGUGUGUUGCGAAGUAACGAUCCAGUCGAAUCGCAGUAUUUAGAAAUAAGCUUUGUAAAUGAUCAUUUGUAUAAAAUGAAUUCAAUAAAAAGUCGUCAAGAAAAAUGAUGAAAAUUACUAAA